AUGACAUCAUGCGCACUGCUGCGUGUGACAGUGUUUACCGUCCGACUUAUGAAUCACGCGAUGUUUUUGGCCUACCGCAACAAUUCUUUUACAACAAACAUUUUCGCUAGCAAGCAGCUAGGACUUAGUUAUUUAUUGUCAUCUAAAUAUAUGUAUUGCAUUGAUACGGUUAGCACUCCUGUUUACAAAUGUUCGUGACAGGUAAACAAAUUGCAUGUAGCAGAAUGGAUAUGUCCUUCGUUCUUCGGACCACGAAAUUACGUUUUCGGAAUGGUCACCUCCAUCGUGCAGAUAGAUAUUUACCCGCAAUGUUCACACUAAACUAAAUUAACAAAAUUUACAGUCAAGGUGGAAAAGCAAGUCAUGUGAAACUACUUCUAGCACGGCAUUUCAAACAGCAAACCUCGCUACUUGGCUAGCCUGGCUCAUGUUGCCCAACAUGGACAGGGAUUCGUACCGCAACUGUUGCAGUCUUGUCAAAAUCCCGAGGCAGUCCUACGAGCAAUUUUGCUCCUCACAUUUCGUCGAGUACAUCGACAAGGAGCUGUGCUAUUCGAAAUUUUUCAAAAAGUACUUGCUUUCCAAUCACCCGUGCAUGUUUUCCAAAAGGUUCACUGAGGAGUGGAAGUGUAGAAAACAAUGGGUGACUGAGGAGGGGAAGCCCAAUUUCCAGAAGCUUCUGCAAGAAUUCGAUGAGACUCCCGUCCCUGUGGCAAACUGCAAUGCAAAGGAAUACAAUUCCAACCCCAAACAAGUAAUGCCUUUCAAAGAGUUCAUACAAUACUGGAAGGAACACAUCCAGAACGGCCACUCGUCACCUAAAGGAUGCCUUUACCUUAAAGACUGGCACAUGUCAAGGGACUUUCCUGACCAUAAUGUUUACACCACGCCAAUCUUCUUCACCUCUGAUUGGCUGAAUGAAUACUGGGAUUCACUUGAAGUGGACGACUACCGCUUCGUCUACAUGGGACCCAAAGGCUCAUGGACGCCGUUCCAUGCCGACGUGUUCCGCUCUUACAGCUGGUCGGCAAACAUCUGUGGCAGAAAGAAGUGGCUUCUGUAUCCUCCGGGCCAGGAGGAGUUUUUAAGAGACACAAAUGAUAACCUCCCGUAUGACGUCACGUCAGCUGAGCUUCACGACACAAGCCUCUACCCGCACGCCCAAGAGGCCUGUCAGCCUCUGGAGAUCAUUCAAGAGGCUGGUGAGAUUAUCUUUGUGCCCAGCGGCUGGCAUCAUCAAGUUUAUAAUCUGGAGGACACCAUCUCCAUCAAUCAUAAUUGGUUGAACGGCUGCAACGUUGACAUUAUGUGGCAGUUCCUGCAGAUAGAGCUGUCGUCUGUGCAGAAAGAGAUAGACGAGUGGAGAAACACAAUGGAUUCAUGGCAUCAGCACUGUCAGGUCAUUAUGAAGGCAUGUUCCGGCAUCAAUUAUGGGGAAUUUGCAUCAUUCCUCAAAAUCAUCGCAGACAACCGCAUGGCUGUCCUCAACACUUGCUCCACAGGAGACGCCUCAAGUUACCCACGGCAUCUCUCGGAGACGCUCAUCACCCUUGGACCCUAUCAUGCUGCCUUUGACUUGCAGAGAGUGGCUCACAUUUUGGAGCUGCUGCUCUGCAAUGAAGAUUUUAAGCGGCUGGAUCACUCAGCAUCCACCGUGCAACCAGAAACGUUACUGCAGCAAAUCCGGGACACCAUACAGUCCACCAGAGGGCAGCAUCUCCUCUAUCAGGACUAAGGAUAUUAGAAUUUCUGUUCUGAAUAGAGUUUCAAAGGGGCAUAACAUUUUUGGUAAAUUACCCUGAAAUUUAGCUGUGGAAAUAUUUAUGAACACUUUUAAAAGGAACUGGUUUUUUUUGUACUUUACUUUAUUUAUUAAUACUAUCUACUUUUUUGUUAAAAAGAAUUAAAAACUGAAUAUUGGUAUCAAUAUGAACAUAUUUCAGUGCAUGCAAUUGCAUGAAAGUUAUGCUUUAAAAAAUCAUUAAUAUACUUUUUGUCUUAGCAGACAGACUAGAGCAGCCUAGUAAUAGCCUGUGUAGCAAUUCAAUGAGAAUAAAUACACAAUUGCAUUUUUUUGUUCACCUUUUUAAAAUUUGUAAUUGGUUCCACCCCUGAACCUAACAUGGUAAAAUUUUGUCAUUUAUUGCAGCACAAAAUAAUGUAUACAAGUUAAAGAUUUAAUGCAGGAAAAAUGUAUUUACCAAAAACAAGUCAAACAUUACAGCAAAGUAGUUGUGACUGAACCUACAGCACCUAUACUGGUUACAGUCAAGCAGUAUAGCGCCAAAAAAAAUAUGCCUCAAUUGCUUAGCAAUGUGAUGGAGUAGAUUUUGGGGAACUCAUAUUUAGGUAGAUACUUUUAUUUAAAAUUCUAAAGUGAUAUACAUAUUUAUUUGUAAUGUUCAUUUAAAACUCAAACAACUGAUGACUUUGGUUAUUGCUGUGGCACGUGUCAAUCUCCUGAUUUGUCCUUCAAAAGCAACAUUCAAGUUUUGUCAGUCAGGCAAAGACACACCCAAGGCUUUUAUAUCUGAAAUGUGUCACAAGUCAUGUAAGUCACAUUACAAGAAAGAAUACAGCCCGCCCCUCCCCUCAGUUGCUUUGCACGUCUUUAGGCCACCAGUUGGGCACGGAGGCCUCCAGUGUCACUUGGGCAUCGUCAGUCGUUUUGACUGUCAACACCUCCUUGGCAUAGGCCAUGCGGAUCAGGCUCAGGCCCAGCUUUCCCACCCCCGCACGGUGUUUCCCAGCUGGCUUGCCCGACUGUGUUUGCAGCGAGGCUCCUUCCUCCAGGUCUUGGACGGGCACUGAUAUGCGGGCCGGCAUGAGACGUUUGCGAACCACGCCGGUGUGAUGUGUCCUGGCUGUGAGCUCUUGGCCGAUGUAGCAGCCCUUGCUGAAACUGAUGCCUUGCAUGUAGACGAGAUUGGAUUCGAGAGGUAAUGCCACACCAGGAGGGAGGUCUUUCACACCCUCGGGAAGUCCUAGACAACAAAGGCAGCACAGUA